AUGAACCCUCCAAGGACGAGGCUAUGGCCUGUUUUAAUCUCACUCCUAUUAUGGACAGCUUCAGCUGUCGCUGAUGAUCGCAAAUGCUACAAUCCCGACUCAUCACAGGCCAAGGACGAUGUUCCUUGUACAGAUGCCGAUAACACGUUCUGCUGCAAUAAAGGGGAUAUAUGCAUGUCCAAUGGGCUAUGUUAUCUCCAGCAAUCAUCAGGAUACGCCUUAUCCCGCCCGAGCUGUACAGAUCUAAGCUGGACCUCAUGCGGCUCGUAUAAAUUCUGCUUUGAUUACAACCAAAAUUCAGGAUUCCCAAUCGUCGCCGCGAACUACGCCGGAAAUAAAACAACACACUGCUGCGGCACAGCCUCCUAUGAUAACGGCACCAUCACCUGCCCCAUGAAGUCAGUCUCCGUGCCCUACGGCACCGCCAUCCCAGGCGUCGCUGGCCUAGCGGUUAGUUCAACAAGGACAAACUCCACCAAUUCCACCAGCUCUUCCGAUUCAGGAUCCAGUUCUGGAUCUGGCUCAUCUUCAUCUCGAGACGCGGCGAUCGGCGCAGGCGUUGGUGUCCCGCUUGGUGUGAUUGCUAUUGGGUCUUUGAUAUGGGCUAUUUGGGAACGGAGGGGUCGAAUGAGGGCUUUGGCUGGGACAAGUCAAGGCCAAGAGACUGCUCAAUCUUAUCCGCAAAUGACAUACCGUAACGCGCCUGUUGAAUUGCAAGCACCUGAGGUGGAGUUGAGUGGAUCUACUGCGGCGACCGAGAUAGGGAGUGAGGGUCAUCCAAAGCCUAAUAGGAUGCCCGUGGACUAA